GAUUCCUUCUUUUCCCUUUCCCUUUCGCUCUGUUUUCUCCUUCCCUCCCUGCCGUCACCCUCUGUUUUUCUCCUUCCUUCACAGCCAGACGAUGAAGAAAUUGAAAGUACGCUUCUCCAAAUAAUCACUCCAUAUUUAGCCGUAACCCUCAUUCUUUCUUUGCCCUUUCCAUUUUGCUCUGUUUUCUCCUUCCCUCUCUGCAAACCUGAAGAUAUUCCCUCUCUGCAAAAGCACACAGAAAUUGACGGUUCCAACUUUUGCUUCUUCAUUGCAAUUUGUGAAGGCUCAAGUAUUUCUAUCUUUCUCAACUGGUAUUUUAAGCAUUAGAUCAAUGGACUCUUGUUCAAACGGGCCAGCUACUGCUCUCAUUGAAUCACAAUCUGUACCUGAGUUGACUGCAGUAAGCACAGAGGAAUCUAAGGAUCUUUGUAAAUUAUCCAACGAAGCUUCAGAUGUCAUCAAACAGAUCGAAAUGUGCAUCUUGGAUUUGAAAAGAGGUUCUAGACAUUCACCCCCUUCUGAAAAUACUAUAGUUCCUAUGCACAGUGAAGCUCCAAACGAAUUACCUAAUAUGGUGACUGAUUUUGUUCCGAAGGUGGAGUCAACUUCUAUUGUAUUGGCAAAAUCUCUGAUAGUCACAGGAAGUGAACCCCGUCAGACUGUAUUAUGUGCCAGGUGCAGAAAUGACCUGUUGAGUGAAGUGGAGAAUGGAAAAUGUGAAGAAAUUGGUCCACAGUAUCAGCAGCCUGGCCAAUCAACAGGUUUGCCAACAGAAAUGGAGCUACAGAAUUUGGUUGCUACUCAGCCUGUUUACCUGCUUCUUCCUACAAAAACCAUGGCAAGCCCAGUUAGUAGUCAAACAAUUGGGAGCUGCACUGGCCUUGCAGCGGCUCAGUAUGUUCCAACUAGAACUGGAAAUGUAUCUGAAGAAAUCAAGGGGCAGCAUCAGAUGGCAGAUUUGGUAUUUAGUCAGAAAGUCAACCCCACUGUGGCCAAAAUUGAGUCACUGAGUGAAACAUCCAGUGGUAAUUGUCUAAUUUCAACUCAAAUUGAUAAAUGUAACGGUUCUUGGACUGAUGGGGACAAGAUCUCAAAACCUUUGGCCACCUGCUUACAACAAGAGAUUAAUGAGAAAAUUCUGCAUCAAAAUGAAAUGGGCACGGAGAAUUAUAUCAUCAAGCCUGGAGCAUGCCAAACGCCUAAACUAUCUAGGGUAUCUAAAGAUUACAUGAAUCGUGAAAAUAUUCAGGGAAUUGAUUCUAGAUGCAAGGUGGAUAAGACCUCGGUGUCUUGGAGCAAAAGAGCUUUGCCUUUGCGAAUAAACAAGCAGUGUCCUUUGCUGGAUCACAAGUUUGAAGAUUUUCCUGCAUUGUUAACCUCAAACUCACAACAGAUGGACAAAGAUCGGGUUGGAGUUCGAAAAACCGCUGACUGCAAAUAUCCUCCAUCAAAGAUUCAGGAUCAGGAUGAAUCAGAAGAUACAUCCUUUAGUUCAAACUCCUCAAACUGGACAAGUCAGCAAACCAGCAUGUCUAAUAGUGACAGUGAAGAAUACUAUCUCCCAAGUUAUAUACGGAAACAGAAGCAUGUUAGUUCUACAAGCAGCAGUGAAAAUGACUUUUACUCCCCACAUCCCAGAAGGCAAGGAUAUUAUGCAGGUGAAAGCAGUAGUGAUCUCACUUACUCAUGGUCUAGCAGUGAUGGAUCUUGCCCAGUAACUCCAAAUAGUAGUGAUGACAGGCUGAAAAGCUCAUGCCCAAGCAGUUUUAGCUCUGAUCAAGUGUUUCCCAUUCAUUAUACUGAAAGCGAGGAUGAAGAUUAUUCAGUGUACAACCAGCAAAGGGUUCGGCAUCACAGGCAGCCGAGAUAUUUAUCACUUGGUUCAACAUCCAAGAAGUUCAGUCCAGCCAGGGUGUACAAAUCAGAUAAAGGGAUGACUGCCAAGAAACAAAUUGGAAAAUGGAAGAAGUUAAAAGACAAGCUAUCAGUCAUCUUCCACCACCACCAUCACCAUCACCAUCACCAUCACAACCAUUCUAAUAAUGACCAUUCCAGUAAUGAUGAACCCAGGAUGGGUCAUGGAAAUAUUUGGUUGAAGAACAAUGUGAAAAAAUCUUCCCAUCCUAUGAGAACAGAGGCUUAUGGAGAAAAGGCACUUAAAAAACUUGGGAAAUCAGUUAUCCAUAGUCGAGAUCGUAGACAUCAACACAACCAUUUCAAUGCUCUUGUAGGAAGGCUCUUCAAGCAUAUCCGGCACUCCAAAGAAUCAAAACCAUCUGCAAAGCACAAGAAGCAGAUUGAAAAAGGCAGGAAGGAAGGCAAGAAGGCAUCAGCAAAACUACAUUGGUGGCAGCUGCUGCAACGCCACAGAAAGGUCAAGAAGUUGGGACUUGGUUAUGACAAAAGAUAGCUGUGGAUCUAACAUUACCUCAUCUUGAUAUGCUUUUGUCAUAUGUUGAACAUUCCUGGAUGGCUUUUGCCUGUAUAAAUAUAUUACUAUCAUCUCCAAUUUUUCUGAUCACUUCAAGUAGCAUU